AAAAAAAAAAAAAAACUUCAUUAUAAAAAGAAAAACAUCAGCAAAGAUGCCUGGCCUUUCAAAAAACUUUUGAACAUUUUGUGUAGGAGCCCUGCAUUUUCACAUCACAGUACACAACGAGUUAUCACUCAAAAAUAUGCCAAAAUUGUCUUCUUUUUUCUCCCGGUAAAAACGGCAGAUCAGCCAAUCAGCAUAAGAAUCAGGAAUGAUUAACAUACACUAUAUGGCCAAAAGUGUGUGAACAUCUAACCAUCACACCCAUAUGUGUUUGUUGAACAUCCCAUUCCAGAUUUAGACUCCCUUUUCCAUUAUAAUAAGCUCCACUCUUCUGAGAAGGCUUUCCAAUAGACGUUGAAGGGAAAUUGUAAUGCUACAGAAUACAAAGACAUUCUGUACAAUUGUGUGCUUCCAAUCUCGUGGCAACAGUUUGGGGAGGAACCAAAUACAGGUGCGACGAUCAGGUGUCCACAUACUUUUGGCCAUAUUUUGAUCUCUCUGAUAUUAACUGAGCCCUUGGAAGCCUUCCAUGACUUGAAUUUCUCAUGUGAAAGAUGCAUGGUGCCCUCACUUUCUGUCAAGGUAAAUGCAGAUGGUUUUGAUUUAUUUAUUGAUAUAUUUAUUAGGAGCUCAUCAAAGAUUUUAUGGCACUUUUUUUCUCUCAUCCUUUUUUUGUAAUUAUCAUUAGAAAGUGAUUUAAAACGCUGUUUCCUCUCCAGUGCCCAUCAGGUCAAAUCCAUCAAUUGGAAACUUGAGUGCGCAUAUAUACAAGGUUUUACAGUAACACUCAGCUGCCACUGGUAUGUUUUAGUUAAUAUGUAGACACUAGAAAAAGUCUACAUGCACACCUUCUUAUUAAUUGUUGUAUGUAACAUGGUUUUUCCUAUAAUUGGGAGAAAUUGUGCAUUUAAACUUUUCUAGGGUCUGCAUAUUAACUAAAACGGAUAAGUGACAGCUUGUUUUUAACCAAGUGUCUGGUGGCUAUCUUAAAACCUCAUAUAUGUGCUCACUCUAAUUUCUACCUUAGACAAGUGAUUUGUGAAUGGACUAUAUGGAAAAUGUAUUUGCUUAGGUCAGACGACACGUUAUUCCUCUUCAUGGUUGCCAGGUCUGAAAUAGAUUAAAACUCACAUAAGUGUAAAAAAAAAAAAAAAAAAAUGGCUUAACAAACCUCUUUGCUAUGCAACUCAGCAUGCUUGGUGUUCAGCAUGCAUUUUGUUCUGCUCUCUUUUUGUUCUGCUAUGUUUGGCAGUGUGUGUGGAGUUAUUUUUUGCUUUCUAUUAUUUAUGUAUUUGCUUACUGCAUGGGAUUUAUAUAGAAUUUCUUUCUGUUUUCUUUGUUUUAUGUAUACAGACAGUAAACUGGCGCACACAGCUUAUUUGAUGCAGGAUAAUCAUCAUAUGGACAGUUAUUUGGGAAGUUGUCUGGUUGAUUGCCUGUAGCUAAUGCUGUUUUUAACAACGUCUCUGACUUGAAAUGUUUGUCAAAACACAUGCUUUUGGUUAGUGUGGCUAGGCGACAAGUAGCAACCAGUAAACGGCUUUAUUUAAUAAGGAAAUAAGUCGGGUAUAGAGACAUGGCCCACAGUUGCAGGAGCUUCUACACAGUGUCGUCCAAGCUAAUGUCCUGUGUAGCCUCUGGUACUGAUAAUAGAAACAGUCCACUGUUGAUGCUGCUACUCUAUAAAGCCGUCUCAUUUCAUUAGCAAUAUGUUUGGUACAUUUCAAUUUAUUUUCCAACAAGCAACCUUAAUUGUUUAUACAUGUUAAAUAAAAGUCAACUUUAUAAUUCAUUAAUCUAACUUUUGAGUGGAUCAUUUCAGAAGAGAAUUACAGUAUUGGAAAUAAAACUAACAUGACGUCAGUUUUUCAUUAAUGUGCCUCUAGUUCAAUUCACAAACUACAGUUGUUUAAUUACAUCUGAACAAUAUUCACAUGAAGUUAAGCAGCUUUCAUUUUAUUGUUUCUCUUUUUUUCCGUCUCUCUCACAGUGUGUAUUUCACGUCCCAUCAGUCUUUACGCUUUUCCACUGAGCUGUGAUCAAAGUGUUCGCUGAUGCACUGUCCCAGAUAUACUGUACAGCGAUCCAACCUCCUGCUGAGGGCCUACAACUCAGCCAAACUUUCCCGUUCUGUCAUUAUUUGUUCUAGUUUGCUGCUGAUGGCAUGUUGCAGGCUUGUUGCACUAUAUAAACUCUAGCAUGGAGUGAGUUUUUGCUUUCCUUACCAUAGACUUUGGUUUAAAAUCUCCGCCUAUAUUAGAUAAAGAUAACCAGAUUUUAAUAUAUUAAACAUACAGUGAAAUUAUACAUUAAUUAUUGCGGAGCUUCUUUUUCUGCUUCAGCUUGACUGAAUUCAGGCCUUCGAGUGCCUUUUAAGUGUUAAGCAAUUCAAACGUGAUUGACGUCAUCUCUUGUAUAAUGUCUAUAAUGUUCCUCCCUGAAGUUAGACUUUUUUUCCCACUUGCUCUUUCCUCUGUGUGCUUUAGCUUUGGCACCAACCCCAGGUCCAUCACAAGUGAACUGCUUUGGGUUGACCCGAAGUGACUGCCCUUGUUAAAUUUUAAGGGCUUUUAAUCCCAGGAUGUCCCAUCCUAGCACUCAGUGGUGGAAGCAGAUAGAUAUUUUGCUGCAGUCGACAGGGAAAACCAGAUGAGGGGCCCUACACCAAGCACUCCAACCCCUCCAGACCUCCAGAUGGAGCGCUGGCCAUCAGAAGACAAAGUAUCCCAGAUGAGUUUAAGGGCUCCAGCAUGGUGGAGCUGAUGAAGAAGGAGGGCACCACCCUGGGCCUAACCGUUUCGGGGGGCAUCGACAAGGACGGCAAGCCGCGCGUCUCCAACCUGCGGCAGGGCGGCAUCGCAGCCAGGAGUGACCAGCUGAACGUCGGAGACUACAUCAAGUCGGUGAAUGGCAUCAACCUGACCAAGUUCCGUCACGAUGAGAUUAUUAGUCUGCUGAAGAACGUGGGCGAGAGAGUCGUGCUGGAGGUGGAAUAUGAACUGCCGCCUGUUUCCGUUCAAGGUUCAGGAGUAAUGUUUAAAAAUGUCGAGGUGACGCUUCACAAAGAGGGGAACACAUUUGGAUUUGUCAUCAGAGGAGGCGCCCAUGAAGACAGGAACAAAUCUCGACCUGUUACCAUAACAACGAUCAGACCUGGUGGCCCCGCUGACAGGGAAGGCACCAUCAAACCAGGAGACCGGCUGCUGAGCAUCGACGGUAUCCGUCUGCAUGGUACAUCCCACGCAGAGGCAAUGAGCAUCCUCAAGCAGUGCGGCCAGGAGGCAACACUCCUCAUCGAGUAUGAUGUGUCCAUCAUGGACUCCAUAGCCAGUGCGUCUGGUCCUCUCCUGGUGGAAGUGGCCAAGCCUCUGGGUUCCAGCCUGGGAGUGGCUCUGUCUACCUCCAUGUACUGCAACAAGCAGGUCAUCAUCAUUGAUAAGGUCAAGCCAGCCAGCAUUGCUGACAGGUGCGGGGCACUGCAUGCCGGUGAUCAUAUCCUGUCAGUAGAUGGCACAAGCAUGGAGUAUUGCACGCUGGCUGAAGCCACCCAGCUCCUAGCCAGUGCCUGUGAGCAUGUCAAAAUGGAGAUCCUUCCCCAUCACCAGACUAGACUGGCCCUUAAAGCCUCAGAUCACGUCAAGGUGCAGAGGAGCAACCGGCCACUGCCCUGGGAGUCCGGCACAAACAACAACAGCAACUUCCUUCCCUACCAGCACUAUAACACCUACCACCCUGACCAGUCCCGCAGCCAGACCAAGCAGAAAUCUUCUCCAAACAACCCCCCUCUGGGCUCAUCGUUCUCACCCACCUCCAUGAGUGCCUACAGCUUGAGCUCCCUCAACAUGAGCACACUGCCUCGCAACAUGUAUCCCACAAGCCCCCGCAGCACAUUGAUGAGGCGCAAACUGAAGAAGAAGGACUACAAGAGCUCACUGUCUCUGGCCUCCAGCACUGUGGGCCUGGCCGGACAGGUGGUCCACACAGAGACCACUGAGGUGACUCUGGUCAGCGACUCCAUCAUGGGGUUUGGAAUUCAGCUCCAGGGAGGGGUGUUUGCCACCGAAACACUCACAUCUCCUCCACUCAUCGCUUACAUAGACCACGACAGCCCAGCCGAGAGGUGUGGAGUCUUGCAGAUUGGCGACCGACUCCUGUCCAUCAAUGGGAUCCCCACAGAAGACAGCACGCUGGAAGAGACCAACCAGCUGCUGCGUGACUCCAGCAUUACCAGCAAAGUUACGCUGGAGAUUGAGUUUGAUGUAGCAGAGUCUGUUAUCCCGAGCAGUGGCACCUUCCAUGUGAAGCUACCAAAGAAGCCAGGAGUGGAGCUGGGCAUCACCAUCAGCUCCCCAUCUAACAGGAAGCCAGGUGAUUCUCUCAUCAUCUCCGACAUCAAGAAGGGCAGCGUGGCACACAGGACAGGGACUCUGGAGUUGGGGGACAAGCUCUUGGCCAUCGACAACAUCCGCCUGGACAAUUGCUCCAUGGAAGACGCUGUCCAGAUCCUGCAGCAGUGUGAGGAACUGGUCAAGCUCAAAAUCCGUAAAGAUGAGGACAACUCAGGUGUCCUGCGUCUAGGCCGUGUUGAUAUGGACGCCCGUGUGCUGUUGGCCUGUGUUGCAGACGAGCAGGAGAGCUCUGGUGCCAUCAUCUACACUGUGGAGCUGAAGCGCUACGGGGGCCCGCUGGGCAUCACCAUCUCAGGCACCGAGGAGCCCUUCGACCCCAUAAUCAUCUCCAGCCUCACCAAGGGCGGCCUGGCUGAGAGGACCGGGGCGAUCCAUGUUGGGGAUCGUAUCCUGGCCAUUAACAGUAACAGCCUGAAGGGGAAGCCGCUGAGUGAAGCUAUCCACCUGCUUCAGAUGGCUGGAGAGUCUGUUACUCUGAAGAUCAAGAAACAGGGAGAAUUGGCAAGUCCUAAGCAGCCGUCAGUGACUGGGCGUCUGGGUGAACUGAGUGAUGCGGAGGAUGAGAAUCUGCAGAAGUCAGGGAAGCUGUCAGACAUCUACUCCACCACCAUCCCCAGUGUGGACAGUGCCGUUGAAUCCUGGGACGGCUCGGCUAUCGAUGCCUCCUUCAGCCCUCAGGCCCCAACAGGCUUCCAAGCAUCGGGCUACAGUUUCCACAGCCACGAGUGGAGGAACGCCAAAGUGAGUCGUGGCAGCGUAUCUCCAGGCAGCAGCCGUCAGAAGAGCACCAUCCUGCAGGACCUGGGCCUCAGUGAUGAUGAAUGGGACAAACCCACUGCUAGCGGAGCCGCCACGCUGCCCACUGGCCUUAUCUCAGACAGCAGGUUCACCGUGGGUCACGAUGGCACAGAGCCGGAUCAGGAAGAGAACUUUUGGUCUCAGGCGCUAGAGGACCUGGAGACGUGCGGCCAGUCUGGGAUACUCCGCGAACUUGAGGACAAGCCAAACAGGCUUCUGACUAAGAGAAACCUGGCCGUCUUGGCCACCAUAAUGUCUGGCAGUACAAUGAGUCUGAACCAUGACCCGGCGCCUGCACGGUGCCAACUGGGCAGGCAGGCCAGCUUCCAGGAACGUGGUAGCAACAGGUCACAGUAUAACCAGGGCAACCGUAGCAACACACUUCCCAGCGACAGUGGACGCAAAGCCUUCGCCAUGAGGAAGAUGCAGCAAGAGAUCAAGGACAUCGUGUCCCCAAACCCUGUGGAGCUACACAAGGUGAGUCUGAGUAAAGAGUCAGACAUGGAGGACUUUGGCUUCAGUGUGUCUGAUGGGCUCCUGGAGAAGGGGGUCUAUGUCAAUAACAUUCGCCCAGGUGGGCCUGCUGAGGUGGCGGGGCUCAAAUCCUUCGACAGGCUGUUACAGAUCAACCAUGUCCGAACUAGAGACUUUGACUGCUGCUUGGUGGUUCCUCUGAUCGCAGAAUCGGGGAACAAGCUGGACCUGGUGAUCAGCCGAAACCCGGCGUCAGCCUCAACCUCGCCCUCAGAACUUAACCAGCUUCCCGGUGAGGAGCCUGUGAGCUGGUCUGACCCAGCCGAGCCCCUCCCACAGGAGACGGCACAACAGAACUCCAGGCUGGCGGGGUCAGAGGGCAGAGACCCCAACAAGACCUUAUAGCAGAACCCCAUCCCACCCUCCCCAGCACAGGCUCAAGUGCUCCUCAUGGUGCUAAGUGAACUCCUCCCGACAUACACCACCCCCCUGCUGGAGUGAGCUGGAGCUCUUCUGGCGUAUAGCACACCCAGUCUCUUCCCUGAGCCACAGCAUGAGCCACACACACACUGAGAGGGGUCCUCUCCACACCUGCUGCCUGUGUGUUUACUCCUGUGAAAAUGACACUGGUGAUUACGGAGGGAGAACGUACUGACCUCUGAGAAAAUGAUAUGAAAAUCAAAAACUGAACCAGUGCCAUCCCUCGUUUUUAUUGCCAAUAAACGUUUUAACGGGGAAAAAAAUUAAGCAAAAGAAGCGAAGGGAAUCUUUAAGACGUUUACACAUGAUUAUGGACUGGCCGCUGUGCGUGUGGGUGUGCACGUACCUGUGUGUGUGUGUGUGUGUGCGUGUGUGUGUGUGUUUGCGUAAACAGGACUCCCUCCUGUGAGUCUCGGCCAGAGCAAUCUCCACAUUCUGUAUUCUGUUUGUUCUAACCUCAGCUGUUCUCCGUGUCUCCUCCACCCCUCCUCUUGCACCUUUCUUUUGUAUGUGUGAGUAUGUAUAGUGGAUCCCCCCGUAAUUCCUCACAAGUGAUGCCACGUGAUGUCUCACUCAGCAGGAAAAAGCGUUCAGCACGAGCUCAGCAACAUGAUCCUGAUUUUCCCAAAAAUGGUAAAAUGCUAGUCAGCCCCGGUGGGUUGGGUGGCACAAUGCAUGACACCUUUUGUGAACUAUUUUUUAAUUUUAGAAGUGUGACUGUACAGAAAAAACACUCAAAAAAGAACAAAACGUCAAUAACAAGGUCAUCAUUUGAUUCCUGGGUUAAAUCUAUCCAAAUGUUUGAACUUUAGUGUCAUACUGAAUUAUGAUCAUUUCACCGUGAUGUUAAAGAGGCAGUGCUUGCCUUAGGCACGUUAACUUAGAACUGGACAGAAGUCUAUUUUUAUAAGUUAAGGUAAAUGGUUUAAACAUGAGCAAUGAGCAAUGUGUGAAGCCUGAGUGAUGGAAAAGAUGCAUUAAGCAAUCAGCUUGCCUUACUAUUCUUUGAUGAUUAGGAAGGCAUUUUGGUAAAGAUGAUGUAUUUUGGGUUCAGAGUCUUUGUUACAUGUGUGGUGCAGGCAGAAAGUAAACCCCCCCCAGGCUUUGUGUCACUUUUUGGAAAUGUCUGUUGCUAGCACAAAGCAGAGAGACCAAAUAUUUAGUCCAGAGUGUCCCAAACCCGUCUCCUCUCAAGCCUGUUCCGGAUGAUGGAGAGCGAGUGCUGCUGAGAACAGUCCCACAUCAGCCAGACCCAUUACAAGGUAACACAGUGUGUCAGCAUAAAUACUGAAAUCUUCAUUCCAAACAUGGGUUUUCAACUGUUUGGAAAAUCUUUUUAACCAACACUCUAAUAAAUUUAAAAAAAAAAAAAAAAAAAAGGAAGCAUGAAGUUGAGAGACGCGAGCAGCCCGAAAACAACUUCUAGUCUAUAGUCCUCCCUUGUUUAAGUGAAUAUGAACUUAUACUAAUCUACUGUAUGUGGUACUGGUAUGGUUUUGUAUGUUUAAUGUGUUUUUUUUUUCAGAGGGCAUUAGCCCAAAGGGUGUACAAACUAUUUGUAAAGAGAAAUAAAAAAAAAUGACAGUGGCACUUGAGUGUUAAAUCAUGUGAGAAUGAAUGAAUGAAUGAAACAUUCAUUCAGUGAAACAUUUCAUACAUACAUAUAUAUAUAUAUAUAAAAAGCUGUAGCUCUAUUCAGAAAAAUAAACACAAUAGAAAAGGUAAAACUACUGCUUAUGGCAGCACAUACUUCAUCUGUGUGUGUGUGUGUGUGUGUGUGUGUGCGCGUGUGUGAACUGUGGCUUGUCUGUGCUCACACACUCUUGACUACUCACUAUUUAAAAUGGCACAUGAGCAGCCCGAUCUAAUUCCUGAUCAUACCCUCAUCGGGGUGACGCUCACCUGGCAUUUCUUUACAGAGACUUUUUGAUUCUGGAGUGACUGUGUUCUGUUCCUUCAGGUACGGGUUCAUUCCCUGAUCUCAUGCACUGGAUUUGAGAUCUUCUGUUGUUGUUUUUGACAUCAUUUUGACAUGUCACAUAUGAAAUUUUUUGCCUGUCAUGGUCAGGUUUUUCCUGUAAGCAUUGUGACGUCCAGUACUCGGCUUUUCCAUGACAGUUCUACCACUGCGUUACUGCAAACAAUGUGUAGUGACAUGCACAUGUAUUUUGUUAAUGCCUAUUUUUUUUUUCUCCAUUUUAAUGUUCUUUUUGUGUAAUCGUUUUAUGUGGAUUUAAGCACUGCCAAUUAAAAUAGUGGGUAUCCAUUUUCACUGUAUGAUGAAUUAAUGACUCAAUUUCACUGUUAGGUCCCUGAAAUAUUGUAUUUUUAUUUCUAAUGGACAGGCAUUAUGAGCUGUAAAGUAUUUUUGUACAAAUUUAAUACUUUGUUAGCAUGAUAUUUAUCGUCUAUGUAUAACUUUGGGGAUUCCUACAGCUGUAAACCUUUAUAUGGCCAACAAAAAGAGAAACAAUAAAAAGAUAUUGAGAGUGGA